AUGGAGCACCUGGAGCCUGUGGUAAAAUCGGAAACGGAUAACUCGCAUGUGGCGACUCCUCCGGCUGAUGUGGAGGAUAAGCCUGAGGUUUCCGUUCCUGAGAAUUCAACCGUUCAAGUGCCCGAGGGUCCUUUUGAGCCGAGCACCAUACUUGACCUUCCAGGCAUGUCCCUGGACAAGUUGGCAAUUAUUGAAGGGCAACUAGCUAGUGAAUUUGCCUCUCUUUCGAAAGAUUUCGUUGACGCCCGAGCCGCAAGAACUGAUUAUUUGCUUAAAAUUAUAGACAAGCUGAUUUCGGCUGCUGAGAAAUAUGACCGUGAGUGGAGCAAGAUUUACGGCAAGGAGACGAAAGAUAUUGAAAAAGUUAUAGCUGCGCCAGAGCAUUACUUGUUAGGCUUAUCGAGGGAAAAGUAUAGUGAUGACAACUUGAACACGGUUUUAUCACUGAUUGUGGCUCCUAGGGACCUAGACGACAUUGCAGCACGUAAUGACCAGCUUCCGUUUGCCAAAUACUUUAAAAAGAUCUCUGAGCCUUACGAAGCUCAGCUUAAUGCUCUGCGGAACCAUUACGAUUAUCAAAACUCCUUGAUUAAUAAUAAUGUCGAAAGAUACCAAGAGAUUAUCUGGGAACAAUAUCUUCAAGAUAUGCUUGAUCGCCGCAGCGAUCUUAUAGACAAAACGCACCAGCAGCUCACUCAGCUCUACGAAGAAUAUUAUGGGGUACAGGGGAAUAGAAUGGCGGCAAAAGAUUGGAACUUCUACUACAGGUCGGUGGUAUCUACCCAUGAGAUGGGUGAAUCUGACCCUAAUCUGCAAGCUAGACUAAAGCGUGAAAACAUCGAUUCCUAUUAUGAUAUUGACAAUCGCUAUUUCAAAAAGAAUAAGAUCCAGUUGACAAAGACCAAGUUGGAUGCACUCGAUGAGUGGAAAGAAUUCGAGGCUCAGCAGCGGAGCCGUACCAUACCUCAAUGUGAAAAGGCCAAAGUCAAGCUCACCACCUGUGAAGGUCUUUCGCAAGAUGAAGUUGAUGACGAUAUUUUGGCCCUACGUAGCAGCAGGCUGCACGGAAAUGCCGUGAAGAGCGUUGAAACGCCAAACACAAAGACUGUGGGUGAUACCAGUACUUCUGUUAAUCAGGAACAUGAAUUACAUUCACCUGUUAAGAAGGAAGCAACCAUACCACAUGCAUAG